UGACCAUUGUUGGGAGUUGAUUGUUGGGAGUUGGACUACAGACUCACAGACAAUGUCAUCUCCAGAUAGCUGCCCAGACGUGAAAAUAUAUCCUAAGUGCUCCAGAGACCCGGUUGAAUUCCAUACAGAGCCAGAAGCAAAAUGCUCUCUGCUGUCAGAUUCCAGCUGCGAUUCUGUGGCUUUCAACCACUCAGGUCCAAGAAUUAACCCCGUUGCCCCAAAUAAGCAUUUUAUUCGUGAUACAAACCAGCAGAUUCUAGUUCUGGAAGGCACCAGCCUUGUGGCAGUUCCAGACAAGCUCAGCAAACAUGGAGAGACCUUUUAUGUGUCAACUUUACCCAAAAAAAAAGCCAGUGGCUCAAAGGCAAAUCACAUUGUUUUGGCUGUAUCUCAGGGAAAACUCUAUCUCUGCUGUGAUAGAGUCAAAGAGCCAAAGCGUCCCUCAUUAGAAUUAAAGAAAAUUAAAGAACUGAGUUCAUUGAGCCACGAGAAGCUCCUGACCUUCACCUUCCUGAAGGAAAAUGCUGGCUCCUACUUCACACUGGAAUCAGCUGCUAAUCGUGGGUACUUUGUCUACACCUCCAGUGUACCCAGGCAACCUGUUGGAGUGACAAAGGAGCUGGGGAAACAGAAAAAUACCCAUUUUGAAUUUGUAAAUGCAAAUGUGGAUCUCACUGAUGUGGAAGACUGAAACACAACAGGACAGUGGCCAGGCCAGCUAUAACAGCAAUAUCUGGUCUCAGCCUGGCACCAAUCAAAAAAUAGGAAUAUCUUCUCUUUAUAAAUGCUACCUGCAGUCAGUAAGCCUGAGGAAUUGA